AUGGCAGAAUACUGGAAGUCCACUCCGAAAUACUGGUGUAAGCACUGCAAGAUCUACGUCCGCGACACAUCCUUCGAACGCACACAGCACGAAGCCACUGGCAAACACCAAGGCAACCUAACGCGCUUCCUACGUGUAAAUUCAACCGCAACUGGAACUGGAACCGGAAACUCAACCGCAUCGCGUUUCGUAAUGGCGGCUCAGCGGAAAGAGCAGUUGGCGCAGUUGGUGGAGUUGGGCGUGGCAAUUCCGGAGGAGUUUAGGAAGGAUAUGGCGCUUGCGGGAGAUUGGGAGGUUGUGGAAGAAGUGUCUGUGGAGAAGAAGGGUGCGGAGGUGGAUGAGAUGGCUGCGUUGAAUGUUGGUGUUAGGAAGAGGAAGUUUGAGGGGCAGGAGGAAGAGGAGGCAGCAGGGGAGACGGUCGUUAGGCAGUGGUGGGGGUCGACGACGCGACGGUUCCCGGGAACAGAUGAGAAAGAUGAUCUAGAUGCGUUGUUAGAGAAGACGGCGGAGUUGAAAAGGAGGAAAAGGGAGGCGGAGAUAAAGGUGGAGGCGAAAGAUGAGGAGGGGCUUGGGGAGGGAGUGGUGAAAAGAGAGUGUGAGAAUGCGGAUCAUGGUAGUUAUUCCCUGGUUAAAAAGGAAGAAAUUGAAGAUGGGUCUACGGAGGUGAAGGUUGAGGAGGAAAAGGAUGGCAAGGAUGUGUCGAAGUCGAUUCCCGAGGCCGCGAAGGAUGCGUCGGAGGAAGUGGUUCCGGCUGUUGUUUUCAAAAAGCGCAAACCGAAGCAUGCUAGGUGA